CCUUUGAAAUUUCUCAUGUUUUUUUGUUGAUUGGAAUCUGGAGCUUCUUGUAGCAAACGAAAACGAACUUCAACUCCCUUACUCCUUGUAGCUAACCAAAUAAUCCUCACUCAAAAUCCUAACCAAUUUCCCCAAAUCAUCUUAAUUUAGGGUUUAUAUUAUCAAGUUCAUCCACAUUUCUUCAAUUUCGGCAAUAAACAACUUCAUUCAAUUUCAGUCACAAGUCCAUAAAAAUGACGCAAGAUGUGGAAAUGAAGGAUACUCAACCUCACUCAAAUUCUCUCUCCUCUUCUGAUCCACCCACUUUGAAGCAUUUAAAGGAAAUUGGAUCUUUGUUGGAGACGGGGUCUUACACUAAGGAAAAUCGUCGUAUUUCCCGGGCAAUUCGUCUUACGUUUGCGAUUCGUCGAAAGCUCACUGCUCGUGUGCUCAAUUUAUUCCUUGAUUAUGCUCUUUCUUCUGGUUCUGAAGCUCAUGGAAGAAUCUCUGCUUUUCUUCCAAAGGGAGGUGAACAUGAGAUGGAAGUUGACACUGCUACAUCUGUUGUCCAAUCUUUUGGGAAGAGUACUAUACCAGAGCUGGAAAUCUACUGUUACUUGAUUGUAUUAUUGUUUCUUAUUGAUCAAAAAUUGUACAAUGAGGCUAAGUCUUGUGCUUGUGCAAGCAUUGUUCGAUUGAAGUCAUUAAAAAGAAGGGUUGCAGAUGUUCUAGCAUCAAAGUUGUAUUCCUUCUAUUCACUUAGUUAUGAGCUUACUGGUGAUCUUGCUGAAAUCCGUGGUGAACUACUUACUCUACACCGUUUGGCAACCUUGAAUCAUGAUGAGCUUGGUCAGGAAACACUUCUGAAUUUGUUGCUUCGAAAUUACUUGCAUUACAAUUUAUAUGAUCAAGCUGAAAAGCUUAGGUCUAGGGCACCAAGUUUUGGGGCUCACUCUAAUCAGCAGCAUUGCCGUCACCUCUUUUAUGUUGGAAAGAUCCAGACGAUUCAAUUGGAGUAUACAGAUGCAAAGGAGAGCCUUCUUCAGGCUGCUAGGAAAGCACCUGUUGCAGCCCGUGGCUUCAGGAUUCAGUGCAACAAAUGGGCUGUGAUAGUUAGGCUACUGCUGGGGGAAAUACCUGAACGGACGAUUUUUAUGCAGAAAGGCAUGGAAAAGGACUUGCAUCCGUACUUUGAGCUUACGAAUGCGGUUCGAAUUGGUGACUUGGAGCUGUUCAAAGGAGUUACUGAAAAAUUUGCUUCUACCUUUGAUAAAGACCGGACUCACAAUUUGAUUGUCCGUCUGCGUCAUAAUGUGAUUAGGACUGGACUUAGAAAUAUUAGCAUCUCCUACUCCCGCAUCUCGCUUGCAGAUGUAGCCACAAAGUUGAGAUUAGAUUCUCCAAAUCCAGUUGCUGAUGCUGAGAGCAUUGUGGCUAAGGCGAUCCGCGAUGGUGCAAUUGACGCAACUCUGGAUCACGCAAAAGGAUGGAUGCUUUCAAAGGAGACUGGUGACAUUUACUCCACCACUGAGCCGCAAUCCGCUUUCGACUCAAGAAUCGCUUUUUGUUUGAAUAUGCAUAACGAAGCUGUAAGGGCUUUACGUUACCCUCCUAACUCGCACAAGGAGAAGGAAAGCGCAGAGAAGAGGAGGGAACGCCAGCAACAAGAACAGGAACUGGCAAAGCAUAUUGCUGAAGAAGAGGAUGAUGAUUUUUGAUCAGUUUCCAUAGAUGCAUGAACACUUUUUUAUUUAAUUGCCACAUUUAAUUGGCGUUGUUAUACAUUUAACUUCACAUCUUAGAUUUCCUAGUUUUAUAAUCGCCAGUGCUUGAAAAAAUACCGAUAAAUCAAUGCAUUUUUUAUUCUAUUAGCUUUUCGAUCA